UUCGCCGACCUCAAAAUCGGUGUUCAUAAAAUAAAAAACAAUGAACGAGUUCGCCGCGGCGGCGCCGUCGUGCCGGAACGUGCUAUUACCUGGCGGCGCAUCGAAUUUCAGGAGAUGUCCGAUAAAACUAAUUCCAAAGUGGCAAUGCAAUAUCUCGAGGUUGGGAAAAAAGCAGAAGCGAAGUACGAAAGUAGAAGCGCAAAUGGUGAAUCCGUCUACUUACUCUUCCAGAAUUUCGACCGACAUCUCUCUCUACGAAAUUCCCGGGGCUUCAUUUGAUCAGUAUUUGGAAGAUAAACCUAGGGUUUUCAAAGCCAUCUUUCCCGAUAAACGCAGGAGCAACCAGCUCAAUGAGGAUGAGUGGAGAGUUCACAUGCUACCGAUAGAAUUCCUAUUCCUAACGGUGUCUCCAGUGAUCGACAUGCGAUUAAGAUGUAAAUCUAGUGGGACAGAAUAUCCACCCGGAGUUCCACAAGAUAUUUCAAAGGUUCUUCAGCUCGAUAUCAUAAGAUGGGAGCUCCAAGGAUUAGACGAGAUGCUCAAGCCGUCUCAAUUUUCCCUCGGUGUAAAGGGGGCUCUGUAUCCCGAUAGACGGGGCCCACGAUGCAGGCUGAGAGGUCAACUAAAUAUGAGCAUAAGCUUUGUUCUUCCACCUAUGCUUGGAUUGGUUCCUGAAGAUAUUCGUCGAGAUGUGGCAGAAUCGGUUCUCAAGAGAUUGGUGGAGAAUAUGAAAGAUAAAGUUAACAGCAGUUUGAUUUCGGACUACAACGAAUUCAAGAGGGAAAGGCCAAAGGCUUUAGCAUGACUGAGGAUGGUAAAAUGCAGACAAAUCAAGUAGAUUUAAUAUCGAGCAACGUAUAGAGAUUAAAUUGAGAAUCCCUCUUCGCCUAGUUUUGUAAACUGAUGUAUACAUGUGUCAAUAACUCAUCAUAAUACAAAUAUUCGAUUGCAAUUUUCAAUUACCGUUUCCUACGUUCGAUGUUGGGAUUUUGAAAUCGUACGAAACUCUUCAAGGCCUGGUCUGGGAUGUUAAUGGAAUAAAUACGAUUGGUUGAAUUUGUCAGGAUUAACAGUCAAAUGUAAUAUGUAAUUAUCUUAUAUU